AUGCUGUCUAUCGAGCGGAAUUACUCGAGACUGUUUAGGCCGUGGGACGCGAGAGAAGAUGCCGUCGUCGAGAGGGAGAAACGCGCCGAAAGCGAGACGAAGAAUUCCGAGGACCAAGCGAAAGUGAGAAAGCGGAGACAGGACGAGAAGAGAGAGAGCCGCCUGAGGAAAAUCCGCGGCACCUUCAAGAAGCACGACGAGCACCAGGACGCGACGGUCUCCACCACAACGAUCGAAACUGGCGACGAAUCCGCAUCCAAAGCAGAAGCGCCUUCGGACGGCGUGAGUUCAGUGACCAAGCUCAGUAUGUGCUGCGACAGGCUGCUCCAGAAACCGGAGAAAGAAACGCCCAAAAACCAUAUAAAUAACCCAGUUGACAUGACAGCAACACAAAUCAAAUCAAAUCCGUUCGUCAGCCAAGCAGGGAGUGCCCCGCAUUACCGACACGCUCUGAUGCCGGAGUACAUAACGGCGGACAUCGCACACGCGUUAGGGGUGCCGCCGUCGGACCCGCUACUCCUCGAGUCAUUAGCGCAGGGCUACGCGAUGGAGCUCGAGUACGCGAGGAUCCUGCAGCAGGAGACGGAGGCGAAGAUGCUGAGCGCGCGGAAGCAGCGCCCCAAGAAAUAUAAGUGCCCGCACUGCCACGUGGGUUUCUCCAACAACGGCCAGCUGAAGGGCCACGUGCGCAUACACACGGGCGAGCGGCCGUUCAAGUGCGACGAGAAGAACUGCGGGAAGACCUUCACGAGGAACGAGGAGCUGACGAGGCACAAGCGCAUCCACUCCGGCGUGAGGCCCUACCCGUGCCAGACCUGCGGCAAGCGGUUCGGCAGGAGAGACCAUUUAAAAAAGCACUCCCGUACCCACUACUUGCAAGCCGAGAGAAUGUUACCAGUGUUCGUCCCCCUAUCCGCCAUACCACACGUCGGCGCGUUCCCAUAUUUGUACGGAUAC